ACACACACACACACACACUGAACAUACAAACUCCCAGGGCAGUGCCUGCUCUAAACAGAGACGAGUCAGAGCAUUCUCCCUGGUCCUGAGCAGACUCUACCCCCAUAGAUGUAAACACAAUUAUACAAUCACCCAGCAGCAGCCAAGCCAACUCCAGCAUCACCGGAGAAGUUUGCAUUCAAGGGGAAAAACGCUAAGACUUCCAUAAAAAAAUUACUUGAAAAAAAAAAAGAGAGAGAGAGAGAGGAAGAGAGAGAGAGAGAGAGAGAGAGGAUUGUGGACAAGAUUCUCUUUUAGAUCUUCAAGGGAUUAACAGAGAGAAAGGAGAGUCGAAGGAAACAUUAGCUCAGCUCCUGGCAGCUUCCAAGGGGUAACAGAAUGCGUCAUCAGCAUGGACUCCUCAUGCUUUCCCUCGUGGCUUUCCUGAUGGUAAUGAUGGUUCUUGGGACGGAUCCGAGCAAGAAGGAUAAGCAAGAAAAGAAAGUGAAGAAGUCCGACUGCGGGGAAUGGCAGUGGAGUGUGUGCGUGGCCACCAGUGGGGACUGCGGCCUGGGGACCCGAGAGGGAACACGUUCUGGGAAGGAAUGUAAACAAACCAUAAAGACUCAGAAGUGCAAGAUUCCCUGCAACUGGAAGAAGCAGUUUGGAGCCGAGUGCAAGUACCAGUUUCAGGAGUGGGGCGACUGCGACCCAGAGACGGGGCUGAAAACCAGGACCGGCAGCUUGAAGAGAGCCCUGCACAAUGCCGAGUGCCAGAAAACCGUGACCCUGUCCAAGCCCUGCGGGAAGGUCACCAAACCAAAACUUCAAGAAUCCAAAAAGAAAAAAAAGGAAGGAAAGAACAAAGAGAAGCUUCUGGACUAAGGGGGCGGAGCCGGCCGUGGGAGGAGAGCGUGAGAAUCUGGGCAGCGGGCGGUUAUAACGACCAGUUCAUUCCUAUCUAGAACUGUACCCUAACGCUGCCCCCUGUGGUAGAGUAGUGUAAGGAGGGGGGGGGUGUUACUUUCUACAUAUUUAGUGGGGUGGGCGGGGUUUGGGGAUUUUGGGGGUAUAUUUUUUAAACAAUAACACUGUCUUAGUUGACUCCACCGGGUAGUAUUUACAUUGACUAGAAACGUAUCAGUAAGUAAUGACGCCUUCUCUACCUAAACAUUGGAUUUAUAUAUUGCACCCGUUUAAGGCGAUGUUACCCAUAAUGCAACAGUAGGAAGACUUGGCCUCCGUUUGAAGACCAAA